UUCUUCUCUUCCCAUCCAAACGCACCUUUCUAUAUAUAGCUCCCUCUCCUAUCUGCCUUCCAAUAACCAAGCACAUCUUACAGCAAUUUCCUCACCAAAUAUACAAUUCAAUUUUCUGGCUUUAAUUUUUAUGACACAAUGGUUGAUUACGAUAGAAAGACAAAGAUGAUAUCUUCUGACAUGCCCAGCAAAUCUCCUAGGAUUUCAAAUAAGCUUCAAGUUUCCAUACCAACGGUACCAGUUAGGCUGACGGAGCUGUCAGCGGCGUCUGACUCAGCUUGUUCAGCUUACGAGCACUACCUCAGGCUUCCCGAGCAGAAGAAGUUGUGGAGCUCUGUUGAAUUUCCGAGUUGGAAGAAUGAAUUGUUGCUCAAACCGGCUUUACAAGGUUUGGAAACAACUUUCCGGUUCAUCUCAAUUGUGUUAUCUGAUCCUAGACCAUAUGCGAACCGGAGAGAAUGGAAGCGGAGGCUUGAAGCGUUGGCGAUGAAUCAGGUUGAAAUCAUAUCUCUGUUGUGCGAAGAUGAAGAUGAAGGUGGGGCUCCCGUUGGUGACCUUACGUCGUCGACUGUCUUGGCUCGUCAGAAUAGUUCAGCAGAGGUGUGGAAGCUUUCCGAUGAGACGACAGUCGUCAGCCAGACGAGUGAAGAUAGUUUGUUGCCUCGACUCGCUGCUUGGCACAAGUCGGAAGACAUUGCUCAUAAGAUUAUGUACUCCAUUGAGUGCCAAAUGAGGAGGUUUCCCUACACACUCGGCUUAGGGGAGCCCAACCUCAGCGGCAAGCCAAGCCUCGAAUACGAUGCAGUAGUCAAGCCAUCGGAGCUUCAUGCUCUCAAGAAAAAAAGCCCUUCCGAUAGCAUGAAUUUGGAAAAUUUCGAAAACCAAACGCUAUACACGACACACCAGAUCCUAGAGACAUGGAUCCACGCGUCAAAAAUGCUUCUGAAGAGAAUCGCGGAGAGAAUUAAUAGCAAAGACUUGGAAAAAGCCGUUAACGACUGUUGGUUACUAGAGAAAACGUGGAAACUCCUGACCGAAAUUGAAGACCUCCACUUGCUAAUGGAUCCUGAUGACUUUUUGCGCCUUAAAAACCAAUUGUCCAUCAAAGCAACUGCCGAAUCGGAGCUAUUUUGCUUUCGAUCCAAAGGACUCGUGGAAAUUACCAAACUGUCCAAAGAUCUGAAGCACAAAGUACCCAACAUUCUAGACGUAGAGGUGGAUCCGCAGGGUGGGCCGAGAAUUCAAGAGGCAGCCAUGGAGCUCUUCAGGAAAAAGGAAAGCUUUGAGAAGAUUCACUUGCUUCAAGCUUUACAAGCAAUUGAAAUGGCAGUGAAGAGGUUUUACUAUUCGUAUAAGCAGUUAUUGGUAAUUGUUAUGGGAAGUUUAGAAGCCAAGGGGAACACACCAUUAAUGGCAAGCGAUGCAUUGGCUCAGAUCUUCCUUGAGCCGACAUAUUUUCCGAGUUUGGAUGCUGCAAAAACGUUUCUGGGAGAAUACUGGAGUCAUGAACAUGGGAGGUAUAGUCCAGAUGGGAGGAGCAAGGCCUAAAGGUGAUUAGGCACUGAUGAUUUACUACGAUUAUGAGUGUUACAAAAUCAAACUAGGUUGGAAUACGGAUAUAUUUUAAUUUGUACACCUUCGUUAACAAUGUAGUAUACAUUAUACAAUGGUUAUUUAUUGUAUCAAAUCAUUUAUUGAAUUUUGCCACGGCAUUCUUGUGGGGAAAUACAGUGAGAUUUUCAUGUA